AAAAUUUAAGCUUUACACGGUUUCACAAGAACAAACCCUAAAAGAAACUAUCAUCGUCUCACAUUAUCUCUAUCUCUCACAAACCCAGCAGCCGCCUGCCUCCUCUGACUCCAUCUCUCACGGUCGUCUGUCACGGCUAGGGUCCACUCUCAUGUGGCCUCCCCUCCCUCUGACUCCAUCUCUCACAGUCGUCGGUCACGGCAAGGGUCCACUCUCAAGUGACCUGCCCUGAUGAACAGGCACACAACUUGACAUUUUCUCAAUCUCAGGUGCGUUCAGCAGCGGUGUCGUUCUUCGCUCAAGCGGUCUCCCGUCACGCACAACCUAGAGUUACUCAAGGACCAAAUUUUGUUAACAAAUCCUAAAACCCCUAUCCGGGAACGCAAUAGCCGCCAUAGGUCUCGUCUGCGUUUAAUCCCAAAAUUUCUGUGAUUCACCAUCUCUCUCUCUCUCUCUCAAUCACUCUUCAAAGCUGUCUCUGCUGCCGCCGGCUGCCCCCAGUUCCUAAAUCUGAUUAUUAACAAUGAAACUUUAAGGCGAAGAAACAUCGAACUAAUGGACGGUCCACAAUGAUAUUUUGGCAUUUUUGGAGUGGUAGAGUAAAUUCUAGGAGUGAAUACUACAGCAAUGCAGAAUGUGCAGCGUGUUAUAACCCGUCUGUCCUCCAUUUCACUUAUCGCAAACACUUCGAGAUUGAGAGUGUUGAAUGAGAAUACAAAAGAUGCGCUUCAAAAUGGUGCUGUAAUUCACUUGAGGAAUGGCAGUAGAGUUUAUAAAUAUGCCACCUCUCAUCUCUUUUCAUCAACGUCUCGAGGUGAUGGUGAAAAUGAUGGCGAAGGUGAGUGGGGAAAGACUGUAGCUGGAACAUUUGGUGAUUCCACUUUUGGGAAUUUGGGUUGGGAUUCAGUGUCUUCUUGGUCGACUGGAAUUACCAAGGAUCAUUUUGAUGGGGAGGUUGCAGGUCAUCGAUCUAGUGAUGGUGAUAAGUCUCACUCUACAGUGAUCGCUGAGAUUCAAAAUGUUGAUGAUAACUUAAAAGAAUGGGAAGCGGAGAACAAGAGAAGUAAGGCCGUUUUAGAUGGAUGGGGAAAUAGGAUGCAGGAGACGACUGUCUUAUUGAAGCAAGUUCGAGAACCUGGUGCAAGAGGAUCUUAUCUCAAGGACUCGGAGAAGGCUGAGAUGUAUAGACUGCACAAGGAAAAUCCUGCAGUUAACACAGUGGAGAAAUUGGCUAAGGAUUAUAGGAUUAUGAGGCAGAGAGUUCAUGCCAUUCUUUGGCUCAAGGAGCUUGAAGAGGAGGAGGAAAAAAAGCUUGGUCGUCCUUUGGAUGAUUCUGUUGAGCUCUUGCUUGAUGCCUUUCCUGAAUUCUUUAACUCACAUGACCGGGAAUUUCAUGUGGCAUCACUUCCAUACAAACCUGACUUUAAAGUUAUGCCUGAGGGUUGGGAUGGUACUACCAGAGAUCUAGAUGAAGUCCACUAUGAAAUCUCUCAAAAAGAAGAUGAAAUGCUUUAUGAAGAAUUUGUCCAGAAAAUGAAUUUUAACAAAAAGAAAAUGGCAGGGGAGGUCUUCCGACACAAGUACAGCCGUCGUCGCCCUUCAAAUGGCUGGAAUUUCACAGUGGAGAAAAUGGGACCACGUGGUAAGCGUGGAGGUGGUGGCGGGUGGAAGUUUGUUAGCAUAGCAGAUGGUUCGAGUCGGCCUCUAAAUGAAAUGGAGAAAAUGUACGUAAAGCGAGAAACCCCAAGACGAAGACGCAAAAUCCUUCCUUGAUGACUUAAGUAGCCCAUGGUUUGAAUAAAUUUUGGGAUCAAGAAUACUCACCCUGUGCAUUUUUAUUUUGUUUCAUAAAUUUUGCUCUUAGUUUCUAUGAUUAGAAGUGUAGUACUUUGUGCUGUAUUAUGAGCGCCUUUCUCUAUUUUAAGGAGUAUGGUUGUGUUGUAGGAAGAGCUAAUACCGAUGUUUUAUACUGGAAAAGUAAAAUGGAUUGAAAUAUUCUUGUA